GAAAAUGCUACAUAAUUACUUUUUAUAAAUGAAGAAAUAUCGACGAUCAUGUCUGCAGAAGAAACACUUGGAAAUGAAGCUACCCAAUCUGUUAUAAACUUCCUUAAAGACAAUGUACCAAAAGGUGAUGUACCAAAUAUAGAAGCUGAACUAAAAAAAGACUUUACACUUGCUAAACAAAGAAGUAAAACUGGCAAAAAGAAGCCUAAAAGGAAGAAAACUCGUUGUCUAACCAGGACAGAAAAGAAAGCACUUGGUUUUUAUGAUAUACCUAGAAACAGUGUCAAAUAUGAAGAUGUUUUACCAAUGCAUCAAAUUUGGACGGAUUAUAUGAGUGAAAUAUUAGAAUUGCAUAAACCUCUGCCUAGUAUUAAUAGUAACGGGUGGGAAAAUUUCGCACAGACUCUUUAUAAGGCCGAUUUUCAUGGGAGUUUUUUACAAGUAGUGCGUUCAAAAUGUGCAAGUUACGUAUUUAAAGAGGGAAUCUGCAUUAUGGACACUAGGAACACUUUUAAAAUUGUGUCCAAGGAUAAUAUAGUGACAACAAUACCUAAAAAGCAAUGUGUAUUUAAAAUGACGGUGAAAAAUUUAAAAAUUACACUGUUUGGAAAACAUUUGUGUGUACGACCUGCUGAACGGUCAACUAAAAAAGUUAGAAGUCGUUUACAUCCUGACCUUUAGUUUUAAUGUAAUUUCUAAUAAAAACAU